AAGCGCCUCAGCGCGCCGUUUUUUGGCUUGUCAACCGAAACCACGCAACAUUUUUCGCUCGAAAUAUUUCAUAAAACCUAUCAAUUUCCUAAUGUACUAUUCAAUGGAAUGUAGGGAUAGAUGCGCCGUACAAAGUUAAGUGAUAUUAAACACAAGUGAUAAGUUUAAACGGACUAUAAAUCGUUUUCCCACCGUAGUGACCCGCGAACUCUCAACAUGCCUCUGUUAAAAAGGAAAGCAUUUGAGAAAUCAAAGGCGUCGGAGUACCUCCGGGACGACGAUGAGGUCUUCCACUGCGAGAUCACCGACGAGAUAUUCAAAGAUUACGAGGAAUACUGUGAAAGGAUCAUUUUGGUUAAUUCAAUGGUGUGGACAUGUGAGAUGACAGGGAAGAACAAUUUGACAUACUCAGAGGCCCUGCACAGUGAGAAGACAGCACGGAGGGCUCUGAAAGACUUUCCAAUGGAGCUUCGUAUACCAAUACUGUUUCUGGCAAUGAAGACUAAGAGGUGUUCCUUUGCUGAGAUGUCUGAGGAUGUGUUCAACUUCAUAAGGGACCGGUACUUUGUUGGGGAGACUGUGGAGGCCUGCCUGGAGGGAGAGGUGUGGAGGGAAGCACACAUACUGUCAGUUACUGCACAGAAACAGCAUCCAGAUAGCAAAGCCAUCCUCCCCUCGUCCUCCUACUGCUACGAAGUUGAGCAGUUCGACGAGACGAACCCCGGCGCGCUAGGACAGAUCGGCACGGCGCCCUCCGACCGCGUGCGUCGGCGCAAGGGAGUAUACACUCGCGACAAGAACCGCCUGUUCCUCAAGCAGUUUGUAGAGGGGGGUGGACCUGAUGGCGUUAUUGGUAUUAAGAAAUCAGCACAAGAAAAAUACAGUAUAAACAAAGUUAGCUUUGACCAAAUAUUCACGGGUCUACCACCAGUGUUCCCCUCCUCCAAGAAACUCUUAAAGUCUCCUCCAGCGAACAAGACUCAGGCCAAGCCAGGCUCGGCGACCAAACUGAACAAGUCUGCCAAGAAACCCAGUCCUGAUAAGAAAGGACGCCAGGAAUCUAUGGAUAAGUUCGUCAAGAAGACUGAUAAAGCUGAAGCACAAAAGAACAAACCUCCCGCCGACCCAGCAGCCAAGAAGAGUGCGCAAGAGUUGGCAGAGAAGAUGCGCAAAGCAGAAGACCUUAUGCGACAGCGCAAGGAAGAAGAGAGACUCAAGAAGAAAGAGAAGACUGCCCGGUUGCAGGCUUAUAUGAAGGAGUGGCAGAAGGUCAAAGAUGACCUGGAGUUGGAAGACCAUAAAAUAAUACCAAAAGGCACCCCAAUAGACGUGGAAGGUAUACCGAACGAACAUUUCGGAGACUUCCUCUCCGUCCUCGAGUUCGUCCACACGUACUCCGAGAUCCUGAAGGUCAAGGACGUUUUCCACAACCAGCUGGACCUGGACACCUUCAGGAAGGCGCUGACCUUGAAGGAACAUGCGGGCAUGUUCAGUGAUCUGAUACAGAUGUUCCUGACUACGGUGUUCUCGCUUCAGGAAGAUGAGGCUGAGGAGUAUAAUGAGAACGGGAGGAUUCAGCUGUCUACUGGGGAUUUGGAAGACCAACAGACAGACAGUGAGAUGGGCGUCACAAAGGCUAUGGAGUUAGCGACGAAGGCCAGCAAGUGGUCACAGACGUACCUGGGCACGCCGCUCAGCAAGCUGCCUCUGGACCCCACCACCGUCAGUGAAGUACUAAGGCUACACCUGCUAUCAUCAGGGUCGGGCCCGGGCGGGCGCUGCGCCACGUGGCGCUACCAGGCUCGCGGCGGGUACACGAGCGCGGACGACGCGGGGCUGCGUCUGCGCGUGCAGCACCCGCGGCUGCUGCGCAGUCUCGCUGCCACGCAUGUCGCUGAUCUGCCGCUAGAGGACAAAUUCCUGAUUCUCCAAUGCCUCAUGAAUCAAAUCCUGAGUUACGCGACCGUGCGUGAUGUCAUAGAGGAACGGCUUGAGGAGAUGAAGAACAAGAAGCAAGCGCUCAGGCUGCUGCAGAUAAACGAACGCAAACGCGAAGCCCAACUGUUAGCAUCAAAAACAGAACUUCGCAAAGAAGCAGCAGCCAAGAAGGAAGAGAACAAGCUAUCUGGUGAGAAGGCGAGGCAAGUCGACGAGGAAACCAAGGCUGCUGUAGAGAAACUGACAGCGGAGAGCGAGGACAAGAGAAAGGAGUAUGAGAAGAAGUUGAAGGAAAUGCAGAUGGAGCUGUUCGAGUAUACUAGUUAUGUUGGCUCGGACCGCGCGUUCCGUCGCUACUGGGUGUCGCGGUCGGUGGGCGGGCUGUUCGCGGAGGCGGGCGCGGAGCCGCGCGGCCAGUGCGCGCACAAGCCCGUGCGCCCCGCCGCCACCGACGCCGCCGACACGCUCGCGCACGUCGCCAGGCUCUUCGACCAGCAGUACGAGCGAGCAGGCAGCGACAAGGAAAACGAGUCGGGAGGCAACUCCCGCGGCAGCUCGCCCAAGAAGCCGCUGUCCAGCGUCAACGGCCUCAGCCAGAAGCCGCCAGCGUUGGAGACCAGCACCCAGCAGCUGAGGGAACUGCUCAUGUGUACUGGGGAUGUUACUACGUGUCUUGUGCAUGGGAAGUCGGAACGCCCCCGCUGGUAUGUGUACCACACAGAAGCCCAACUAGAAGCGUUAACAGCGUCGCUGAACAAGCGCGGGCUGCGGGAAGGAGAACUGCGCAAUGCUUUGCAGCAAGAGCACGCGCACCUCGUGCCGCAUCUAGCGAAGUGUCCCACGCAUCUGCUCAACCCUGCUGCUGCCACUCCGCCGCCAGCGCCGUCAACACACUACACGCGGCACCGCAAGUUCCAACCUUCGCUCCUGGUGCCUGAUGACUCCACUGUCUGCGAAGCUCUCGAGCUGUCUCUCAGAGAUCACAUACUGGAACUCGAGGAGAAAAUCUUCCAAGGAUGUCUUGGAGCACUUAAAGUUAAGGACCGUGAAGCGUGGCGUGGUACUAUAAUGUUGCGCGGCUACGACAAGCAGGCCGACUUCCUCACGUGGGGACCCGACCAACAGUACAGAGACGACUACCAUCUACCUGAUGGAGUGCUAAGACUACCCACCGAUAUAGAAGAAUCAGACAUGAAAUCAAUAGCAGUAAACAAAUACCGCGACCCGGGGUACUAUCUGGAAGCCCCCAAGGUGAACGGCGUGAAGCUGCCGGCGGCGGGCGCGGCGCCCGGCGUGGUGCGCGGGCUGGCCGGUGCGCUGCUGCAGGUGUCGCAGGCUAUACAUCAUAAGUACCUCAAGAGGCCGCUGGGUCUAGACGACAAAGAACGCAAAGACCGCGAAGCCCGCAACAAACCUCUCGAACUCGAAGCUCUCCAACGCUGGGAAGUCUCCCUCAUGGAGUGCAAGAGCUACUCCCAGGUCGUCCUCCACCUCUUCACCCUGGACUCCAGCAUCACCUGGUCGGCCUCCAUCCUCAACGCCUGCUGCCGUCUGUGCAGGCGGAAGACUGACCCUGAAAAUAUGCUGCUGUGUGACGGAUGUAAUAAAGGACAUCAUUUGUACUGUUUGAAGCCUAAACUUACCAAAGUGCCUGAAGGAGACUGGUUCUGCGAUCAGUGUAAGCCCAAAGAGCGGACGCCGCGGAAGAGAAGGAAACUCUUCUCUGAUGAUGAUGUAGAAGAAGAACUGGACAAUAGUGACAAUGAUUCUCUAUGCGUGGACGCGGUAUGCGGGGCCUGCGGCAGCGGCGGCCGCCUCGCCGCGCGCUGCGCCGCCUGCUCCGCGCGGUACCACACGGAGUGUGCCACUCCCCGGCCUUCCCGCGCUGCCAAGCGCUGGCAGUGCGCCAACUGUCUAGCUCCUACUAGAGAGGCGAGCGGGCGGCGCUGCGCGGCGGCCGCCGUGGCCAACAUCCACCACUACACGCGGGCGCUGCACACGCGACACUCCACCGACUCAGACGACAGUGAGUACAAUACUGCGCUGGUGAAGCUGAAGACCAAACGCGCUAGAAGCAGCAAGGAGUCAUCGCCACUGCACAAUGGUACUGCUAAGAGAGGACGAAAACCAAAAAAUCACGAAGACGUGAACACAAGCGGGCACUCCACUAGAAGAUCAAAGGGCUCACUCACGAAUGGACAUCAUGAAGAGAAGCCAAGCAAAAAGCGCAGCAGUCGAGUGUCCCCGCUGCACACGGAACAGCUACAGACGUUGCUGCGUGACGUCAUGAAGCACAAGGACUGCUGGCCCUUCUACGAGCCCGUCUCGCUUGAAGAUGUCCCCGACUACCUACAAGUGAUAGACCAGCCGAUGGACUUCACAACCAUCCGCAACAAGCUGGAGGCCGGCGACUACACGGCCGACGAGCAUCUCAUCGCUGACGCCGCGCUCGUCUUCCUCAACUGCUAUACGUAUAAUAAGGAUGACCAUCCUGUUGCCAAAGCCGGCACCCGCCUAGAAAAAUACAUGAACAAGCGCUGCGCAGACCUGGAACUGCCUCCUCUCCCUGAGAUUGAGCUGGAGGCCUCCGAGACGUCCUCCGUGAAGCGCACCUCGCCCAGCGAGCACGACGACGCGCCGCCGUCCAAGCGGGCGAAAGUGCACUGAACUCACCCCAUACUGUGUCGUACUAGUGAUAUAUCUGGCUUUAUUGGGAGGACUGUCGUGUUUGUGGCCGGGUCUACAUAUUACAAGUGAAAUUAAAAGUGAAUGUUCUUGUGUCUGUGUGUGUUAUUGAGCUAUAAAUGUGCUAGUUUCAAAUCUACCAAGUUACAGUAAUUUUCUAUAUUGUAUCUUGGUGACGACUGACAAGCCAUUUAAGAAAUAACAAAAAAACUGUACUGUACAGUUGAAAGUUCUAAAAUUGAUCAUUUGCCUUGAGCUAGCUUGUUAAAUCGUGUUGUCUUAGUAUGGAUACAUGUUUUUUUGUGAUAAUGUAUGUGUUAAAGAAAUAUUUCACUUGUAACUGUCGAAUAUCUACAAAAUACACCCAUCCACAAAUACAGCAUCUAUCCUGUACUACAUAAAGUUCCAUUUUAAAUGUAUUAUGUGUUGCGUACUUAAUGUAGAAGUACGUUAGUAUUGAAAUGAAAAUUUGUAGUCGAUAUAGAAUAUGGCCGCCUGAUGUUGUAUGAAAUAGUGUAAAUAAGGCCUAAAUUCACUGACAACAUAAACAUCAGUUUUCUUAGAACAACUGUUCAUUGAAUUUUUAUGUUCAAUUUUCAAAUGGUUACGUUGUUUCUGAAUGUGGGCCUAAGCCUGUCACUGAUCUUGUUGUAUGACUUAAAUGUUAUAAAGCUAAAGAGUUUGUUUGUUUGCUUGAACGGGCUAUCUAGGAACUACAUGUCUGAUUUAAAAAAAUCAAUUUUUAACCAGAUACGCGGAGUAGAUCCCAAGGGGCACGAGCGAGACCGCUACCGAUAUUGUAGGAGUAUUAGGAAUUGAUUGAUGGUCAAUUCUUAAUAUUUUUCUGUCACAAAACAAACCAUCGAAGCUAACCAAAUAUACAUAAUAUUGUUGUGGAACAGUAUUUAAACAAGCCCUGAGAAAUAUUCAGGGAUUUAACUUACUUGACUACAAAAAAUCAAAGUAAUAAAAUAUCUAAAGAGCAUGAUAAAAGACAAAUAAAAUUAUUUAAAAUCACUUACUAGAAUGUAUGACAAAUUCACUAAUCUUGAUUGAUCAAAAAACAUUAUCUUUUAAAAUUAUUUGUAAACGCAAAGUGCUGGUAACUGCCGUUUGUAGAAUGACAUAAUAUCUGCUUUUAAAGGCGAAUGUCGACAAUGACCGGUAAAAGUUAAUAAUAUCGUAAAUUAGUAAGCAUUCAUGUCAAUUGUAUAAAAGUAGUGUUUACACGAUCUUAGGGCAUAAUUGAAAUUAAUUAAGUAAAUGUUCAUAAAAUCUGUGUAAAACUAAACAACCUCAUGUUAUUACAACUUAAAGGCUGCAAGACUUUAAUAAAUAGCAAAAAUAAUGUAUGUAGAAGUUAUUUAAGUACUCUGCCUGGCUACCUCUCAAUAUUUCUGGAUAAAUUAGCCAAAUUAUGUGUAGGUAUACAUUUUAAGUUGUUACUGACUCAAAUCAUAAUAAAAUUGCAUAAGGACCAAUCGUAAAGUCAAUCAAUGUAAUUAUGUUGAAAAAAGGUCAAUUCUUUAUGUACUCGACAUCAAACAUUAUUUCAUAAUCAUCUUACCAAGUAUGCUACUUAUUCUAAUCGCCUUCUAUAAUAUGUAAAUCGAUAGUUCAUAAUAUUCCUCACGUACAAACGCUAGAAAGUAUUCCGUUAAAUUAAACUUUUGUAAAUAAUUUGUACUUUAGUAGCUGACGUGUACAUAAUAUAAUAUUAGUGUUUGAUAUAGGCUCUCAAGCCAAAAACGCCUAAUUUCUAAGAUAAUGCAGAGAUUAUCCAUUGCGAAUAAUACCCAAAAAGUUUACAACUUGGAAGGUAUGCAAAAGUAGUUUUUUUUUUUCGUUUAUUUAGGUUAUCACAAAUCAUAAUUUUAGUACUAAAAGCGAGCUUAUCGUAGCAAUCAAUUUUUAAUUCCGUGCGAUUGAAUGGUCACAGGACCUAAAUUAGCUAUAAUCUAAGUACAUUAUUUUUGCAACAUAAAUUAUAUUACAUAAAAUGCCCUGAGAGGAAAAAUUUAGAUUUGACAAUGUUUAAUGAAAACUUUGUUUAUAAUGUGUUAGAGUUAAAUUGAAAAAUAUAGUUUUGACAAAAGGGGACAAUAGUAAAUAAAAUAUUGAUAAAAUCUUUGGUUUUGUCCCUUAUAGAAAAAAAUAUCAAUUGUCACAACUGAUUAUUGUGAAUUGUGUAAUAAUUGCAAUCGAAUAUGUUCAUUGAUGUAAUUUCGUCACAGAUCGUCAUGUUUGUCGUAUCGCCUGCAUUUAGUGAACCUCAUGUAAUGUUUAGUAACGUGACAGUGAAGGCUUGUGUUCCACGUUAUAUGCCCGCACUGGCUCGCUACAUCAGUUGGUGACGAGCAUUUAUAUACUAUAAUUCCAGUAACAGCACUCGUGUACGGCGCAAAUCAAUCCAAAUAUUAUGAAAUAUUUAACGUUACAAGCUCGUGUAGCGCUAGUGGCAACCCUCACGGGUACACGAUGGCCUCUGAUGGACCGCGCGUGCUCAUCAUGGGCCAUUACAAACCCUUAGACAUUAGUUUUAGUUCUAAAAAUUGUUAGUGCAUAAGUUUGAAACUAGCUUUUUUCAUACAACAGUUAAAUCUCGUGAUUUCGAUCAAUCGAACUCAAUGUUGUGUUUUGUUUUACUAAAUUUUAUUUGUUUUCUUUUUGAGUUGAAACAGCAUUGGUUUUUUUUAACUGAGGCAUAGCCGAUGUUUUUAAUUUGAUAUUAGGGAGACAAAUGAGUGUAGUUUAGACAUGGUUGCUAUAUUAAUGUGAUUUAAAUUGUAGUGAGUAAUCAAUACUUUCAAAAUAAGAUUGAGUAUAGCUGUCAAGCAACCUUGUUGUAUGGUGUAGUUGGUCACACUAAUUAUGUUACAUUGCGAUUUUUAGUAUUAAUUCAGCAUGUUUGUGAUUGCAGUAAGCAGUUGCUUGAUUGUGAUGCCAGUGGCCGACUGCACAAAUAAAUCGUACCAGUGCAUUCCUACAUAAUAAACUGUAAAAUCUUGUUCUCAGUGAUUUGUGUUUCCGUAAUAAUGAUGAUCAUUUUGUCUGCGAUUAUUUAUUUAUGUAAUUUAUAAGUUUUAUAUUAAUUUAUAUUGUAGUGAAUAAAGACCCACGUACAGUUGC